GAUGUUAAAAUAUUUAACCUGCGUACCAAGAUCAAGAACUGGAGUGUGUCAAUAAAACUCAGCUGAUCAGCAGAUUUAUUUUUAAUUAAAUGUUUCUAGAUCUAGAUCUACUCUACAACUCAAUAUACUCGAAUACUGUCGACAAUAGACUCUUAUUAAAAUAAGAUUCUAGAAUACUCUAGAGAUCUAGUCUAGUUUUUCUUUUUGCAUUUGGAAGUAGACUCUAGAUCUAUAAAAGUAUAAUCAGGACAAGAGCCUGAAGAGCUGGCUAAGACUAUAAACUAAUGACUAAGACUAAGGACUCUAAGAAAUUUGUUUUUUCGCCCAAACCUCAAAAUCAGAGUUUAUUUCUCGCAGCCAUGGUUGUCUACUCUUGCCAUUGCCUUAAUGUUCAGGUGUUUGGAGAGAAACCUGAGAAAACCAGCACAGGUUGGUACUAGAAGCACAGACUGUCUCAAAAACUGUCCCUUAAGUCCAUCCUGUGAGCUGAUAGAGUUACUUGACCAGGGCUUUCAGUUUCGACACAAAUGCCUAGUUCAGCGCAUGAAGGAUGGAGAUUGGACUGUUUAUGUCUGUGUACCUUGUCACCUGAGGACCCAUGCAGUGAACCAUGAGGCCCGUAUUGUUGUGGUUAGUCUCUUAAUGGAAAAAAAUGAGGAUGUAAUUAAAGCCAUGAAAAAACGUCAUGACUACUCUCCUGUGUUUAAUUUGUUAUUGAGUAGCCCAGAGGGUAGACCCAGGGACGAAGGAUUAAUCCAGUCCCAAAACUAUGAAACUUUACAAAAACAAUUGGGUGAGCUGCAGCUGAUUUUGUCCAAAUAUCUGAAGGCAGAAGAAGAGGCUAUGGAGAGAAGGAUCAGGUCUUAUGAAGAAGAGCAAAGAAACCAAUUUGCCAAGAUAAAAGAAAUUGCUCAAAAUGACAAAACAAAAUUAAUAAGUGUUUUGUUUCACAAUUCUGAAGGCAGCCAAAAUAACAGCAACAUUGAUAACAAAGGCCAUAUCCCUUUGAGUCAUUCCAAAAGUGCAGUAGAGUCUGGAGGGAAAGAACUUGGCAGCAAACCUGGUGGCAACAAGGGCAGAAGGAGGCGGGACUCAAGCCCAGAUGUGUUUGCUAUGGAUGAACUGGAGUUUGAUGAAGAAGAAGAAUUGGUUAGAUCUGAAAAUGAUCAGAACAGUUCUAAUAGUGAAAGUUUUGGCCGCAACAGAAGUUCUCAUCUGGAUUCAAGUGAUGAAAACAAUUCAGAAAAUGACAAGGCACCAAGAAUGUCAACCUCAGUGCCCAUUUCUAUGCCAAUGCAUGCUCGUAGUGUCAGAACUCUGUCAUAUCUAGAUGAUGACAUUGAGGAAACUGCAGAGUUUGCAGAUAUUCCUAGGAACAUGCAAGCUCUUUCAGAGAGUAUUCAGGAGCGUGACAGAUACAUUUUUGGUGAUCGGCCCCGCCAAAGAGUCCACACUGGAGACUUUACUCAAGUGAAUUGGCACUGAACCAGGAUUUUUCGUUGUUUCUCUUGAAAUGGGACAAUGUCAUUACUUUAGUUAAUGGAACUGAUUUUUUUCUUCCUGACAUACAGAAGCCAUUAAUUGUGGCUCUCUUAAGGUUGGAAUAACCCCCGAAUCCUAUUGAUGGUGUAUACAGACAAAGAAUCUUUAAGAUUUUCUGAAAUGAGAAAAACUUCCUGUCCAGAAAACUUUAGUCACUGCUCUUGCCUUUAUGUUUCAUGUUCUUGUAAGAUAGGUUGUUGUUUUUUUUUUCAUAAGAUUAUAACUUCAAUGCAAAAAAAAAUUAUUUUUUUUUUUUGAGGACCCAUUCAAAAUUAAAAAUGAUUUAAAAAAAAAAAAAAAAAAAAAAUAUCUAUAUAUCGAUACAUAUAUUAAUACCAUGGAGGAUUAGUUUGGUUUGAUGUAAUGAAAGUCUGGAACAUUUUCUUGAAGGCAUUCUCUUGGUAGCUACUAUUCAUUCAUAAUAAGAUUGUGUGAUUGUUUAUCAGUGUGAUUGCUUAGUGACUGAAACAGUCUCAAUUUUGGUAAAACUGCCAGGUUGGCUCUUAUAGACCAAAGAAGGAUUUAAGUAAAAUCUUUACUGUAAAGUAGGCUACGCCAUUGAGUCAACACAAGUAAAUUUCUGAAAGUGGAAAGUUUGGUCUAUAACAAGAGCACUCAAUGAUAUCAUAAAACAUAAGUAUUACUGUUAUUUUGUUAUUAGGAUGGGUUACAAAACAAUUAGCUAGUGUAACUUUUGAACCUACCUGAAAGAUGCAAUGAAAUUAUGUAUAAAAGUAAACAAGUAAGGGCAUUUUGACUUUAAUAUAUUGAUGUAUUUGUUCUUGAUUAUUCUUGUAUGUUUUACAGCUAGACAUAUUAACAUUACCUUGUUUGUUAGUUUGUUUUGUUUUUACUUUGCUAUGUAAAAAGAUUUUACUGUGUAUGUUUUUGUUACAUGAAACUGUUUCCUUGUUAUCUUGGUACGAGUCCUAGGCAUUUGAAACCUUUAAAGCAUCUUAUAAUAUAAUUAAUAAUAAAUACCAUUUAGGUUAUAAUAAUAACAUAAUAAUAAUAAUAAUAAUAUGAUAAUAAUAAAAUUAGAAUAAUUAGCAGAAAUGUAACAAAAUAUCAUUUCCAGUUUGUCAUUGAGAAAAAAUGUAUACCUGUUUCUUAUAAAAGUAUUUUUUUGUGUAACAAAGAUUCUGUCAAUACAUUGUGUUCAAAGCACAAAGUGCUAAACUAUAGGAAUUUUUCAUGGGUUUAAUCGAGACCUAUCGUUAUAGAUGACCCAAACACUGCCUACAGGUUGCUACAUCACAAAUCAGUGUUCAGGCCUUCUUUAUUGAUUGGUCUUGGUUUUACUCAUCCAUUACUGACCUAUAUAUUACUGGCUUUGAGUAACCCUAGUUCCAAAGUGUCACUUAUUCACCUAUUCCUGGCCAUUGUUUUUUUUUAGUGCUAGAUAGCACCUUUUUUUUUCUUUUAAAGAAUAUAUUUUGCAACUUUAUUUAAUUUUUUUUUUUUUUUUUUUGAUAAAAUUAAUUAUAUCACAGAGAUCAUUAUAUAUUUUGAAAAAAAAAUAGAUUUCUACUCGAAUUCAAAGUUUGUAAAAUACAUCAAGGUGUUUAUACAGUUAUAAAUGUUUUAGGUAAGGUACUGGAAGGAUUAAAUCGUUUUUUUAAAGGAUUUAGAAAAUGAUUAAAUUUCAUAUUUUAAACAUUGACAUGUUCAAAAUAUGUUAAGAAAGCACAUUAGAGCUAAAAAUACUUUCAGACAGUAGUCCCAUUGUAUGUGUAGAUUUUCUUUUUUUUUUAGCUUUUACCCUAAAGAUGUACAUACUCUAGCUUUUAUUGUUAAAUUUUUGUUUGUUUGUGUAAAUGCCUUAUCAUAAUUAUUUCUAUGUACAAAUUAUAUCAGGAGGGAAAACAUUAAAAAUAGUCUUUCUGUCAAUUCUUUGUGUGUUAUGAAAUAGUCACAGUUGCAAAUUAUGGCUCAAGAUAAAGCAAAAAAAAAAACUACUCAUAAUUGGGGGAGAAAAAAACUUAAAUGACAGUGUAUAUAUGUAUACUGUCAAAUAUGGUAAAUCAGAAAAGUUGCUUAUUUAGACUGACUUAUUAAGUGUUGCAACACUUCUAAAGCACAGAUUAAUGUUUGUGUAAUUAGACCUUUCGGUUAUGAGAACCAAAAUGAUUUUGCUUCAUUGUGGUCCAAUGAACCGAAAUCAAGUGUAUAUAUAUUAAUGGGGGUUUUCAAAUGCUUUACUAAAUCUUUAAAAAAAAUAAAACUUAAUUCAGUGAAAUAAACUGUAUAGAAUAUUUUGAUUUUAAAUGUCUGCUCAUGACUCGGGACAUAAUAUUGUUAUGGAGUUUUUAAUUUUGUUGCUAGUUUUUUAUUAAAACUUCAUAAAACUGAAUAGGAAAUAUUUCAUUCAUUUCUCUUUACUUUCCAAUAUUUGUUCUCUAAUUCGAAUGGUACAGUCUAGCAUGUCGAAUCCCUUUGUUGUGUUAGGUUAAAGCAUAUCUGCAAUACUUUGUGGCCAUGUUAGUUACUUUGCGUCACAUUGCCUCAGCUUGUUAUGUCAUUAACAGACAGAUUUGCAUUUUAAAGUUUAGUUUUUCUAGAAAUGAAUAGUUUGUAGCUUUGAGUUUGUAUAGGUUUUCUGUGCGUGCAUACUGUAGAUAAUUAUUAGAAGAAGACUAAUAGGGCUUCCAUAAAUCUUUAUUAGAUGUAACUUACAAGUAUGUAUUGAUUGAAUUAAGAAUAAAGUAUAUAAACAUUUUAUGUUGGACCAGUAUGCUUUUGUAAGAUACUGUCAAUGAUUUGUCAUAUGUAAAAUUAGCUGGGAAAUAGCAAAAAUUGAAAGAAUGAAAAAUAUAUAAUGAUUCUUUUUUUCUCUUGUAAAUAUUUGUAGACACAAAAAUGUUACCUAUUGUCUGGAAAAAAAAUUGUGUUUACAUUUAGCUGUGAAAGUUUUGUUAUUGUAUUUCAAUUUUGCUGUUUGAUAAAUGGCAGUAAUUGAUCUUUUUACAUUUAGAAUAUUUUAAAGAAAUUAAUAAAUUUUUUUUAGUUGUGAUCUAUUAAAAUGUAAGGUGUCCCACUACUAUUUUUUUCCUAUGUACAGAUUUUUGUUUGUUCAUUUAAAAGUGUGACCAUCCACCAACAAAUGUUUCUUAUUGCAUCUUUGUUUGUUUUGGUUUCGUCUAGCUGUGUGUGCCUACUUAUUCAUCCACACGUUGCAGAUGUUAGUUGUUAAAAAGUGUUAAGUCUAAGACAUUGUGUCUUUGGUUAAAAGUAAUACUUCAAACAAAAACAGUCUCAUUUAAAUCCCAUCUGUAGAGACACUAGUUCACUCAGAAACUGAAUAAUAAUCAAAUCAAAAUGACUUACAGGUGCAAUAUGUCUCAUUUUGUGGUGGAGAGUUAUACAUCUACAUGUCCUUGUAGGAUUGGUUGAGGACUUUAAAGUUAGGAUUGAAAUAGUUUGUGCACUAAGUGGAUUGCUACCAUAAUGAAUUCUAAAACUGAGUCCUGAUUGGUUGGAAUGAAGAAAUGAUACUUUGGUGUGGUGACCUGAUUUACAAUGUAUGGUUGUUGUUUUUUAUUAUUAUUUUAAAGAUGGGCUGGUUUAAAGUUAAAUUAGUGCUCAUCAAUGAACAGAAAAAAAAAAAUAGCCUGCAUAUUGUGAUGGGGAAAAAAAAAAAGCAGUAUUCUUGUCAUUGCUGCUAUAAGCCUUCUGCUGACUGAUGUGCUCAUAUAGCAGCAGGCAGUAGGGGGGUCAAGGUUUCGUUCAUGUGUAUGUAUUUUUUAUUGGUCAAUACAUAGUAAAUAAAUACAUAUAAUAAACAGAUUAUUAGUCAACUUUGAAAUUUGCAAUAUUAAAAAAAAUAUUCUUCACAGAAAAUUUAAGACAAUUUGAAAUAAGAUUUUUAAAUUAGCAAAAUUUUAUUUUUAAAUCAGACAUCUUGUCAAAUAAAUCUUUUUAAUGUAAAACACAUUGUGGUAACAAUAGCAUAUUAGACAUCUUGUUUCACUUUUUUUUUUCCAAAGGACAAUUUAAUUCAACUAUGAAUAAAUAACAUCUGAUUGAAAUUCUA